CGAACACGAGGCGCUUGCUUAGAGCCGUCAUCGGCACGCCUCAUGCCCGCCGGUCUACGUGGAGGGCUGAAUCUCUUUUGUUAACGACACUCAUCUCCUCGGAUCGCGCUCUCCUGUUCCGCACGACAAGACACGAAUUUUCGCGGCCGUCAGACACCAACGCGACGUCGCGCUAGGCGCUCGCAAGCAUGUCGCUCCUGGUGCCCGCUCUGCGGGUAGUCAUGGCGUUCACGAACGUCUGGGAGACGUACAAGACCCUCAAGAUGCCCCCACCAUCGCCGCGCAACGGCGGGCGGCCCACCAUUCGCGCGCUCUCACAGCGAAAGCGCGACAUGAAAGGCUGCCUCGCCGUUUGGCUCGUCUUCUGCUGCUUCACUCUUUACGAACGAUUCGCGGAGAAGAUAAUAUCUAUAUUCAUCCCGUUUUACGACGAGCUCAAGUCCAUGGUCAUGGUGUUCCUCAUCGUGGCUCGCUCCCGGGCUGCGGAGCCGAUCUAUCUGCAUAUCAUCCGCCCGUUCCUCAAGCCGCACACUGUGGCGUUGGACGCCAUCCUCGAGGUCGCGACCAUGAUCGGUGACCUAAUCUUCACCGUGGCCACCCUCCCCCUACAGCCCUUCAUCAUGUGGUGGCAGGCACGGCAGGCCGAGGCCGAGUACCCAUACGACCCCACGCAAGAUGGGACGGCUACGCCGAAGAGCACGUCCGUCGUCAGUGAGACUGUGUCCGCGGCUUCUGUCAUACGUGAAUCCGCGGACGCCGUUGAGAUAUCAAGUUCCAUAAGCGUUCAACACAUUCGCGUGGCAAACGCUAUAGACGGUCUCCCCGCCACCCCUACGCAUCAAAUCUGGCAACCUCCCCCGUCAGCCUAUAAAGACGAACAACCUGAAGAGCGCUUCAUCCCGCCACAUCCCGACGAGCUGGAUCGUGAGGUCGCUGAAGUAGGCGCACCGCUUGCUAGCGAGGAUGACUGGAGAAAAUACCCGGACUUCCCGUCCGCGUACCCUGCGACUCCCGCGGCAGCGACGUUGCACUUGAAGCCCGAAACGAAAGUCAACGGCGGACACCCCGCCCUGAAUGGUUUGGACGGACACGACCGAUUAAACAUGCCAUCGAGCAUCCCCGAAGACGAUUCAGACUAUGACGACCAGCCGGGUUUUCGGCAGUCGCUCAGGACGCCACGUGAGGACCAGGAUCCCCACUCCGUGCCCGUUCUGAGCGACGAAUCCAUAUACUUGGGGAUCCACGCUACCAGGCCUGUUGGAGCUGAGCCAGCACCGAUGGUCGUUGAUAAAGAAGAGAGUGAGAGGAAGGGCGGAAGGAUGUAUGUCGAUGGGGAGGACGAUGGGGAUGAAACCUACGACGAGGACGAGGAGGACAGUUUCAACAUCACGCUUCGUACGCCGAUGCCGCGCGGGGGACUGUCGAAGGAGGUGGAGAUGGGCGAGGCGCCGCCGCUGCCGGCAUUGAGGAUGGAGCCUGUGCUGCGCGGGCUGCAGGUUCCGUCGGUGGCGCAUACUACGGCGGAGAGCGUACCUAGUACUGCGCCCGCCGUACGCGACGACAAGGGCACCGUCAUGGCCCCUCCGACGGUCGACGUCAGGCCUAUUACCGCUGCGACAACACCGACAAACGAGCCAUCGCCUCAAGCUCCCGCCCGGCCAUCAGCUCGCUCGGAUCUCCCGUUCCGCGCCACCAAGAUCGCGGGCAAGAAGCGCGCGCACGGGCAGGCCGAGGAGACCGAGCUCUCGAAGGUGCCUGUGCGUACUGGGCGAGCGGGUAGUGCAAACCGCCCGACUGCUGCGGCUGGUGCCCGUGCGGCUGCUGGCGCUCGCCUGGCUACCGCCGCGCGCCCGGCGGCUGCUCGCGGAGGUCGGUCCACUGUCGCGACCCGGUCAGCUGCAGCAACGCGCGUGCGCAGGACGACGUCGGCGGAGACGAAUGCGAGUGUCGCGAGCACCAGCACGGCGGCCACUGCGCGUACCGCAUCUACUGCGACCUUGGCUGCCUCCGAGGCCGGCACUGACCUCACCGUGCCCUCUGACGAUGAGGAGCAGCACGCCAAGCGGCGCCGGGUGCUCUCGACGCAGAGCGGGAAGAGCGUAGCUGUGCCAGUCGUUCACCUGAAGAAGGCGUCGACGGCUAGGAAGGCUCCGGCCGCUAAGCGCGAGGUACCUGCUACGCGGCCAGCAACAAGGACGAGGACGCGGUCGCAAGCUACGAAGGUGGAGUAGGCGAAAGACGAGGACGCAUGGCGGGGCUCCAAUCCCAGCAUCGCGAACACGGCGCGCGCCAUUGGCCAGACAGCGACAACAACAAAGGAUUCAAUACUUCGGACUCUCGACGCAUCAACCACGGCAUUUACUACCUCUGCAAUGUAUAAUAUCUAUUCACGGUUCCCCCUCCGACGGUCUGCGCUUAUGUAUCUAGCUACUAUCGGGAUAGACAUGGUUUCAGCUGGAAGUUGUCCUGAUGGGUUUGACCGACGAUGGAAGGCUAUGGAGAUGGAUGAUCUGUGAGUGUGGCACGUUCAGACGACCCAGCCAGCCAGCCGAGGUGGUACGAUUAUCGACGACCCCAACACUAUCGUUGCCUCAAUCUCCUCCAUCCGCUCAGCUGUGUCAUUGACUAUUCCGGAAACUCUUCACUGCCACCAAGCUGCCUCCAUCGCAAAGAGGGCGCGCCAUUCCCGCGCCUGUGUGGCGAACACGUGCGGUGGUGGAGGCAGCAAGGUUCGACAGCGGCUGCCCGUCCCCCGCGGCGGGCUUCUGGUGUAGAGGCUGCCUCGCGCGUGCAUCGUGGUGCGUCAAUGGUGAGUUACGCCCCUUGUAUUCUUUAUGUGGUGGCUGUGAUCCUUUUGUUGGCCAGGCCGCCGAAUUGGUGACGUGGGUAGGCCGAUUGUGGGUGUAAUGGCCUGGGUAUUGAGGCGCCUGAGAAGGAAAGUUGGGCAAGAGCUUCUAUCAAUUGCUUUCGACCCAUAUCGGACUGGAGCCAGGGCGAUGCGAGAUCCUAGGAUUCCCGAACGAAGUACAAUACGAAGUUAUGUGGGUGCGGUCAUCCGCCCUGCGAAUCGUCGGUCGCUAGGCGAGCAGUAUAGCCCAGUGAGUCAUGGUCUUCCGUCACGGAAUGUGUGUCCAUUGCCGCCUGAAUUGUUGGCAAUGUCAGUGGAUCCAC